UGGAUAACGCUUUGGCCUUCAACCAUACCUUAUAGCUACUUGGGAAUAUUUGGUAGCUUCCUUAAUUAUUUAGUAGAAAACCACCACAAAUGGGUAUGCUAUGGGUUCUGGGUAUCCUGGUUGAUUCACAUAGUAGAAGCCUUCUAUGGUGUUAAGUUAUGCCAAUCUAAAGGAAUCACUGACCCGGCAAUUCAGUUUCACUGGUUCAUUCAGACACUUCUAUUUGGGUAUGCUUCCUUUGGUCUUCUGGUGUCUUACAAACCUCCAGCCAAGAAGCACUACUAG